AUGGCAGCCAAUGCAUCAACAGCAGCUAGUUCAUCGGGAGGAGAAGUGGCGCCACGGCCACCACAAAUAGACAAACGGCUCCUGAAUGCAGCCACAUCUGGUGAUUCCACGUCAAUGCAGGCCUUGGCUUCACAGAAUCCAGGCAUUCUUCUCGGAACAACUCUUACAGGAAACACCUGCCUUCACAUAGCCUCCACCUAUGGCCACCAAGGAUUCUGCAUGGAUGUGGUGGCACUAGAGAACCUUCUCCUCACCGUGGAAAACUUGGAUGGGGAGACGCCACUUCUCGCCGCUGUUGCAAGUGGUCGUGCCCGAGUGGCUUCCAUCUUACUCAGAUGCUACCAAGCACGGCAGUUGAGUGCUGCAAUCUUGUGGCAAGACAAGGAGGGAUGCAACGCGCUGCACCAUGCCAUUCACAGCGGCCACAGGGAGCUUGCGCUGGAGCUGAUAGAAGCAGAGCCCGCGCUGUCGAAACAUGUGAACAAACAUGGCGAGUCAACCAUGUUCAUCGCGGCACUGAGAAAUUUUACACAUGUCUUCGAGAAACUCCUGAAUAUUCCAGAGUCUAGUCACGCUGGACGGCACAGCGAAAAUGCUUUACACGCUGUGGUAAGAAACGGAGACGAAGAUGGCGCUAGAAAAAUUAUGGGAAAACGACCUGAAUUGGCCAGAGCAGCUGAUGACCUGCAGGGUAGCACACCAGCAACAGUGGCUGUACUUUAUAACAAGACCAAGGUGCUACGAGUAUUGCUAGAACAUGAUUGUUCAUUAGGGUAUGUGAUAACCAGAAAGGGUAAUCCCCUCCUUGUGUGUGCCGCAUCUCGAGGUCAUGUUCAUGUUGCUGGAGAGCUUCUGAGACAUUGUCCGGAUGCUAGUUAUCAGCGAGCAAGUGAUAAUUAUACAUGGCUUCAUGAAGCUGUACGGUUUGAUCAUGCAGAGUUCGUUGAAUUUAUCAUGAGAAGACCACAGCUUAGCAAACUCGUUAACAUGCGAGACCACAUCGGAAAAACUGCUCUACAUCUUGCAGUCCAGAAGUGCAAUCCCAGAAUAGUUGCUUCUUUACUGUCUCACGAGUGUAUAGAUGCAACAGUGCUUGACAACAGUAAUACUGCAGCAACUUGGAAACUGACCACCUUCACGCAGAAUGCCAAGACUUUAAACUGGAAUGAAGUGGCCAUGCUUAUGUCGAAAGCUAAUCCACAAGACGCUGCUAUUCUUCAUAAUCUUCACGUGCAAACCAAGCGACAGAUGACAGACGCAUCAAGGAAGGAAGCAAAAUCACUAACUAAAACAUACACAACCAAUACUUCAUUAGUGGCGAUCCUCACUGUGACAAUCACCUUCGCCGCUGCCUUCACCUUGCCUGGAGGAUACAACAACAAUGCUGGGAGCGAGGGACUUCCCAUCAUGUCUAAGAAGUUUGCAUUUCAGGCAUUCUUGAUCUCUGACGUCUUAGCAAUGUGCUCCUCAUUUGCCGUGGCCUUCAUAUGCAUCGUAGCAAGGUGGGGGGAUUACGAGUUCUUGAUCUAUUACGUAUCACUUACUAAGAAGCUCAUGUGGUUUGCAUACGUGGCAACAACUACGGCCUUUUCAACUGGUUUAUACACGGUGCUUGCUCCACGCGUCCACUGGCUGGCUAUUGCAAUUUGCGUUAUGGUGGCUUUGUUGCCUAUUCUGACGAAGCUGCUAGGUGAAUGGCCUGCCUUGAGGCUCAGAUUUAAGCUGGGUAAAACUUUCAAUUCCAAUCUUCUUAGCAUGGUUUGA